AUGGGGACUUGGAUUUUGUUUGCCUGCCUCCUGGGAGCAGCCUUCGCUAUGCCCCUACCACCUCAUCCUGGGCACCCUGGUUAUAUCAACUUCAGCUAUGAGAAAUCACAUUCUCAGGCUAUCAAUACUGACAGGACUGCAUUAGUGCUUACCCCUUUGAAGUGGUACCAGAGCAUGAUAAGGCAGCCGUAUCCUUCCUAUGGUUACGAACCCAUGGGUGGAUGGCUGCACCACCAAAUCAUCCCCGUGCUGUCUCAACAGCAUACCCCGAGUCACACCCUUCAGCCUCAUCACCACAUCCCAGUGGUGCCAGCUCAACAGCCCGUGGCCCCCCAGCAACCAGUGAUGCCAGUUCCUGGCCACCACUCCAUGACUCCAACCCAACACCACCAGCCAAACCUCCCUCCACCUGCCCAGCAGCCCUUCCAGCAGCCCUUCCAGCCCCAAUCCAUUCAGCCACAGCCUCACCAGCCCAUCCAGCCCAUCCAGCCCAUCCAGCCCAUCCAGCCCCAGCCACCUCUGCACUCCCUGCAUCCCCUGCCACCACAGCCACAUCUGCCUCCGAUGUUCCCCAUGCAGCUGCCCCCCCUUCUUCCUGAUCUGCCUCUGGAAGCUUGGCCAGCAACAGACAAGACCAAGCGGGAAGAAGUGGAUUAAAAAGAUCAGAAAAUCACAGAAUUGAAAUAGAUUCUUCAGUUGCUUUUAGGAAUGACAGAAGAACUCAAUGAUCUGUGCCUACAAUCACUUUACUU